CUUUGACUUCCAGCGGAGCCGACGAGAGAAGACCUGUGUGUGUUUCACACAUUAUUAACAAUUGCUGUGUUUAAUUUAACUAAUUAAACCAGAUCGCUUCCAUGGAGGCCGAGCAGAGGGCCGGGAAAAAUGAAACGGGCGACAUUGGCAGCAGUGAUCUAUCAGAGCAGGUCAAAGCGGCCACUAAGGACAGUCAUGUCAGGGCUGAAAACACCCAGCUGAUGCUGAGUUACCAGAGGGGCCACAUCACCCUGCCCCAGUACAAGGUCCUGCUGUGUUCCCUCUACGAGAUCUACAAAGCGCUCGAAGAGGAGCUGGACAGGAACUCCUCCCACCCGGCCGUCGCCCCGAUAUUCUUCCCUCAGGAACUCGCCCGCCUGGAAACGCUCGAAAGGGACCUGGAGCACUUCUUUGGCCCCGGAUGGAGGCAGCGGGUCGUCGUUCCUGGAGCCACGCACAGAUACGUACAGCGACUACGACAGAUCGGGAGCGAGAGCCCGGAGCUGCUAGUGGCCCACGCCUACACUCGCUACCUCGGCGACCUUUCUGGAGGUCAAGUGCUGGGGAAGAUCACCCAGAAGUCUCUGGGGCUGAGCGGCCCGGAGGGGCUUUCCUUCUUCUCCUUCCCCGGCGUCACCAGCCCCAACCGCUUCAAGCAGCUGUACAGGGGCCGCAUGAACGCCAUCGAGCUGACGGCGGCGGAGCGGGCGGCGGUGCUGCAGGAGGCCGUCGCCGCCUUCGAGCUCAACAUCCAGGUUUUUGACGACUUGCAGAAAAUGUUGAGUGUCGCAACAGAAACGGCGGACCAAUCAGGGGGCAGCGUUGUCAAAACUGCCACGUUCCCAUAUUUACCCACAAUGCACGCCGUGGGACUGUGUGUGGUUAUCGCCACUAUUGGACUGGGAAUCUACGCCGUAUAGAUUUGACCAGCACCUUUUACUUUCACACACACACAAUCAAUGAAUGCAACAAAUGAAAGAUAACUCAGAAGCGAACAUUGUCUCAUCUUUAAAAAUCAUCAAAUCAACAGCUGACACUGAUUAUUAGAACAUUCCCACAUUGUGAAACUGUCUUUUUGUAAGGUUCUGUUCUGUGUGUCUUCUGUGUCUCCUUGAUUGUGUCAUUCCCUGCACCUGCCCUCAGCCACUCUCGUCUCGUUAAUGUCUCAUGUCAUACACCUGUUUCCAUGUCGUACACGUGUUUUCCCCCCUAUAUAUUGUGCCACUCUUUCCCUCGUCUGUGGCUGGAUUGUUGUCUUUUUUCCGUCGUCCCGUCUGUCGUAUCUGACCCUGCCUGCCAUGAACCCCGAUUCUCUGCCUGCCCCGUUUUGGACAUGGUUGGUUUUCUUGUGUGGAAACUUUUGACUCAUUAAAGAGCAUCUUUGUGUUAAUCUACAUUAAGUCCUCAAUUCCUCUGCGCAUGAGCUCCUGCACAUCGCUACCUGUGACAUAGCCCUGACACUUUGUUGAAUAAAAAAAAAGUUUGAAACAGGA